CCCGUGCCGCUGCGCGUCGGCGUCCUCGGGGACAUUUUUUGACUCCCUGGCCUCGGUCCCUGGCUUCCCUUCUUACCCCGCCGCGGGGCCGGCCGCCGCUCCGGCCCCAGGAUGCAGAAUGUGAUUAACACGGUGAAGGGAAAGGCACUGGAAGUGGCUGAGUACCUGACCCCAGUGCUCAAGGAAUCAAAAUUUAAGGAAACAGGUGUAAUCACCCCAGAAGAGUUUGUGGCAGCUGGAGAUCACUUGGUUCACCACUGUCCAACAUGGCAAUGGGCCACUGGGGAAGAAUUGAAAGUAAAAGCAUACCUACCAACAGGCAAGCAAUUUUUAGUAACCAAAAAUGUGCCAUGCUACAAACGUUGCAAACAGAUGGAGUAUUCAGAUGAAUUGGAAGCUAUCAUUGAAGAAGAUGAUGGUGAUGGGGGAUGGGUAGAUACAUAUCACAACACAGGUAUUUCAGGAAUAACUGAAGCAGUUAAGGAGAUUACACUGGAAAGCAAGGACAGUCUAAAACUCCAAGACUGCUCAGCACUAUGUGAAGAAGAAGAGGAAGAUGAAGGUGAAGCUGCAGACAUGGAAGAAUAUGAAGAAAGUGGAUUGCUGGAAACAGAUGAGGCUACCCUAGACACACGGAAGAUAGUAGAAGCUUGUAAAAUUAAAGCUGAUGCUGGAGGUGAAGAUGCAAUCUUGCAAACGAGAACUUAUGAUCUAUAUAUCACCUAUGAUAAAUAUUACCAGACUCCACGACUAUGGUUGUUUGGCUACGAUGAGCAACGGCAGCCUUUAACAGUUGAGCACAUGUAUGAAGACAUCAGUCAAGAUCAUGUGAAAAAAACAGUGACCAUUGAAAAUCACCCUCAUCUCCCACCUCCUCCCAUGUGUUCGGUUCACCCAUGCAGGCAUGCUGAAGUGAUGAAGAAAAUCAUUGAGACUGUUGCAGAAGGAGGGGGAGAGCUUGGUGUUCAUAUGUAUCUUCUAAUUUUUUUGAAAUUUGUACAGGCUGUCAUUCCAACAAUAGAAUAUGACUACACAAGACAUUUCACAAUGUAAUGAAGAGAGCAUAGAGUCUAUCAUGAUUAUUGGUUCUGAUUUUUAAAGAAUUAACCCACAGAUGUGACCAUUGACCAUAUUUACCAAUAUCUACAAUUUCUCUAAUAAAGGGACUUAUAUGUUUAUGCAUUAAAUAAAAAGUCUGCCAGGCUUAUUUGUUUAAUAAAAAUGGGUGUGAAGA